AUGUCAUCGGCAGUGGAUUUGUUUCGCCCCUGUCCCGGCGCUCCGGAGCCGCUGCUGCCUUGGCAGCCCUCGCAAGCAGCAGCUGGCAGCGGCCGCACGGAGCCUGCCGCCUCCCCCCGCAGCCCCCCAGCACGCAGGCUGCGGAUGGGGGCUGCCCAGCCCCGCUCGGUUCGCCAGGCUCCGGCCGCCGUGUGCGGGGCUGGGGGGCUGGGGGCCGCUGUUUCUGGCCGCCGCCGCUGCCGGACGGUUUCCAGCACACCAAAGGUGGAAGAGGAGCAGCUCGGAAAGCCAAAGCGGGAGGUGACUUUGCCGGGGGAGGAGGGCAGCGCCGGGGAGAGGCAGCAGGCGCUGGGCGCUGCCGGAUCCGCGGCCGUUGCCAAGGCAGCGCCGUCAGGGGCCGGUACCCUGCGCACCUCUGCGGGCUGCCUCCAGAGGCGGGCUGAAGCGCAGCGGCCGCGGGGGCAGCCGCCGGGAGCGGGCAGCCGGCAGCCGGUGGCGGGGCCGCUGCCGGCGCCGCAGCGAUGUCCUUGGGAGCGGGAGGAGCACGGCAGCCGCACGGCCCCCGGCCCCGCCGCUCGGCACCGCCGCUCCUGCCGGCUCAAGAGCAACAUCGGCGCCGUGGGAUUACAACGGAGAGAUUCGCGCUGCCGAGGAGCCAGGAGGGCUCCGCAGAGCGCUGCGAGCGCUGCGCCCAGCGCGGGGCGGCAGGCAGGCUGCGGAGCAGCGCUCGGGGCGGGCACCGCACCCUCGGGGCUGGCACCGCACCUCGGGGCGGGCACCGCACCCUCGGGGCUGGCACCGCACCUCGGGGCGGGCACCGCACCCUCCGGGCGGGCACCGCACCCUCGGGACUGGCACCGCACCCUCGGGGCUGGCACCGCACCCUCGGGGCGGGCACCGCGCCCUCGGGGCGGGCACCGCACCUCGGGGCGGGCACCGCACCCUCCCGGCUGGCACCGCACCCUCGGGGCUGGCACCGCACCCUCCGGGCUGGCACCGCACCUCGGGGCGGGCACCGCGCCCUCGGGGCUGGCACCGCACCCUCGGGGCGGGCACCGCACCCUCCGGGCGGGCACCGCACCCUCGGGGCUGGCACCGCACCUCGGGGCUGGCACCACACCCUCCGGGCGGGCACCGCACCCUCGGGGCUGGCACCGCACCUCGGGGCUGGCACCGCACCCUCGGGGCUGGCACCGCACCUCGGGGCUGGCACCGCACCCUCGGGGCUGGCACCGCACCUCGGGGCUGGCACCGCACCCUCGGGGCUGGCACCGCACCCUCACCCUCCCGGCUGGCACCGCACCUCGGGGCGGGCACCGUACCCUCCGGGCGGGCACCGCACCCUCGGGGCGGGCACCGCACCCUCCGGGCUCGCACCGCAUCCUCGGGGCUGGCACCGCACCCUCGGGGCGGGCAUCCUCGGGGCUGGCACCGCAGCCUCUGGCGGCGCUGCAGCUCCCCCGCGCCGGGCACUCGGCCUGA